AGGGGGACGGAUAUUAGCCUAGUUCUUCCCAAAGGUAGUGAGUCAUAUGCUCUAUAAAUUCUUGAGAUAUUUGACAUGCUUACAUCAGUAUCUUGCUGACUACAGCUUCAAAUGCAUCUGCUGGCAGAUUCUUUUCUGGCGUUCGUGGUAUUCACGUUCUGUGGCGGAAACCCGCCGGAGCCAGCCACGUCACCGACCUACAUGUGGAGAGAUCACGAGACAGGAGAUUCCGUCAUAUGCGACAAAUGCGCUCCUGGAAAUUACUUAAUAAAGCAUUGCACGAAGUACAGCAAAAGCAUCUGCGGACCUUGCCCUACGUCUCACUACACAGAGGUCUGGAACUACAUUGAGCGCUGUCAAUACUGCAGUCGUUUUUGCACAAAUGAAGAGAUAGAAAGCGUACCGUGCACCCCACUGCACAACCGCGAGUGCGAGUGCAAGGAUGGGUUUUACUUGAAAUAUGGGUCAUGCUUAAAACACAGCAGAUGUCGGCCCGGCGAAGGAGUAAUAACUAACGGAACAGCACACACUGAUGUGGAGUGUGAACCUUGCGCAGGUGGUUUCUUUUCUAACGAGUCGUCCAGUAGUAAAGCCUGUCAGAGCUUCUCUGUGUGUGCUCCAGGUUAUACCACUAUACCAGGCAAUGAGAUGAAUGACGUUUACUGCUCAUUAUGUAAGAAUGGAUCAAGAACAGCUGAAGAUGAGGCUGUCUGUGAUAGGGAGUUGCAAGAAUUCCUGGCCAUGCAGAUUCUCCCACCAAGAAAACACAAAAGACUGGUGACUGUACUCAGGAGGGGUGUGGGUAAAAACUCCACAAAAAAUCAAUCUGUUUCAGAGCUCCUCACAACUUUAAGGACAAAACCUAUUAAACCUUUUGCGGUUCACGUGGUUGAUAUUAUGAAUACCGAAGGCCUGCUCCAUUUACGAAGUAAAAUUAUUAAAUGGUUUCCUCAUAUAGUUUUAUAGGGCAAAAAUUUGUUCUAAUGUAUUGUUCAUUGCAUAUACAACCCUGUUUCCAAAAAAUUUGGGACACUGCAUAAAAUGCUAAUUAAAACAGAAUGCAAUGAUGUGAUGUGCAGAUCAUUUAAAUCCUAUAUUAGAUAGAAAAUAGUACAAAGACAAAAUAUCAAAUGUUGAAGGCUACUCUAGUGAGAUCCUGACUGCUCAGUUGUUAAGAUAUCAUGACAUGGACAGACGCCCAGUGUUUUCACUGGAAGGGAAGGGGAGCAGCACCUUGACAGGUGCUGGUGGACUCCAGGACUCUACCAUUUUAAGGAGAAGGGAGGACUCAAUGAUAUUGGAACGGGUUACCAUAGAGAUAAAUAAAAAAAAGUAGAAAAAUAUAAUACUAUUCAGUAAAAUUAAGAAUAUAUUAUAGCAGACACUCCGGACAACUGGGGUGGCAAAACAUUUUUGUAGGUUGGCAGCUGCCACCCCUUGUCACCCCAGUAGUUUCAAUAUGGUAAAAUCAAAAGUAGUAAACAUGCUGUGUCCCAACUUUUUUUAAACGUGUUGCUGGCAUAAAAUUCAAAAGGGGCAGGUUUUUUCCAAAAAACUAAAUA